UGGAAACCAAUAUUUCUUAUUCUGCCUGCAAUCUAACCUAGCUUGCGUGUAGUGAAAUGUACAAGUUAUUAUUUCGUUUUAAAUACGUAUCCCUAGAAUGCUUAUUUGUUACAUACUGUGAAAAUAAUUGAAACUUAUCAGCGUGUAAUGUUUAAUCAUAUUUUCCUUAAUAUAAACGGAGCAUUGUUCGAUAAGAAUUUCUAUUAUUAGUUUAGUCGAAUGAAAUACUUUACAGUUUCGAUUACAUUUGAGAAUACGGCACAAAAGUAUUAACAAUAAAGUAAUCACGGUGAAGUAAGAAUAUCGGUUAUUGUUCAAGUAGUAUUCAUAAAGUACGACAAUGUUGAAACGGAAAUUUGACGAGAUGGAAGCUGGCACUACUAAUAAUAAGCAACCAGUGAAAAAUUCAUUAGAUUCGGACGAAGAAGACGAUGAAACUAAUGAGGAUAAUUAUAAUGUAAUGAACGAGGAUGAUUUUGAGGGUGUUGAGGAUGGACCAACUGCUGUGGAAACAAAUGUGGGUUUCACAGCAUUCAAUAUGAAAGAAGAAUUAGAAGAAGGACAUUUUGAUAAGGACGGCCAUUAUCUUUGGAACAAAGAGAAAGAAAUUAGAGAUAAUUGGUUAGACAACAUUGAUUGGAUGCAGAUCAAACCGAGUUCUACAGCAAGUGUAAAGAAGGAAACUGAAAGCAGUGAGAAACACGGAUUGGCAGAUAGCGAUAGCGAUAGUGACGAUGAUGAUGGUCCAGAUAUUAUGUUUGAUCCAACUCAACUCUAUAAACAAAUAUUGGAAUACUUACGACCUGGAGAAACUGUUUCCAAGGCUUUGUGCAGGCUUGGCAAAGGUAAGAAAAGAUUAACUACAUUAGAAAGAUGGAAGAGGAAGAAAGAGAAAAAAGAAGUAGACGACGAAGAAAGUUCUGUUACUAUCAUGAAAUUAACAGAAUUGGCAAAUGAAUUGUUAACCCGUACUGGAAAUAUGGAUAUAUAUCAAGAAAGUUACGAUCAAAUUAAAAAAAAAGUUGAGAAAGGUGAAAAGCAUGCCCAUCCCUCGAAACAGGAAGCAGAGUUAGAUAUGUAUGCAGAUGACUUUGAUGAAAAAGAGAAAGCAAAGUUAGACGAAAGCGAAAGCGGCGUUAAAAAAACAACAAAUUCUGCGAAAGAUGAUGACGACGACGAUGAUGAUGAUGAUGAUGAUAAAGAGGAUGAAGUGACUUGGGAAUUAAAAUGGUCACAAGACGAAAACGCGGAUAUUCACGGUCCACACACAAGUCAGCAAAUGCAAGCGUGGGCAAAGGAAGGUUAUUUUAAGAAUGGAGCGUGGGUGCGAAGAACAGGACAAAAUAAUCAGUUUUAUAAUGCCGCGAGAGUGGACUUUGAACUUUAUCUGUGAUAUUUUGCUGUAAUAUAGCUAUCUGAUAAAGAAACUUAGUAUUGUAAUAUUUUAAACAUACUGUUGUAAACCUUGGUACCACAUUGUUAAACUAAUACUCCGUUCAAUUCCGACAUAGGUGAAAGCAAUGUCCAAUUCAACAGUAUCUAAAGUAAUAACGUGUCAAAUAUGUACAAUACUAUUAUAAAGAUCAAUUACGAAUUAUUCGAAGUUACUACAGUGUAACGACCUAAAAAUUUUCCUUCUCUGUAUUUAAACAAGAGUAUCGUCAGUAAUGAUACCGAGUAACAAUUCAUUCCAUGUAAAAUGUCCA